UUUCCACCAUGAUUCUGCACAAUCUUUUAGAGAGAAGGAUUGGUGUGGGAGGAAAAUGGCCAGCAGGAAGACCAAGAAGAAGGAAGGAGGUGCAAAACGUGCUCAAAGGGCCUCUUCCAACGUGUUCUCCAUGUUCGAGCAGACUCAGAUCCAGGAAUUUAAAGAGGCUUUCACACUGAUUGAUCAAAACAGAGAUGGUUUCAUUGACAAGGAGGACCUUAAAGACACAUAUGCAUCUCUUGGUAAACUGAAUGUCAAAGACAAUGAACUGGAAGACAUGCUUAAGGAAGCCAGUGGGCCAAUCAAUUUCACAAUGUUCCUUAAUCUGUUUGGAGAAAAACUGCAUGGUACUGACCCAGAAGACACCAUACUUAAUGCUUUUAAGAUGUUUGAUCCUGAGGCCAAGGGAUACAUACAUACAGCUGAAUUACAACACAUGCUCAUGACGCAGGCAGACAAGUUCAGUGCAGAGGAGGUGUGUCAGAUGUUCCAGUCCUCUAACAUCGACACAGCGGGAAACCUGGAUUACAAAUCGCUCUGUUACAUCAUUACACACGGAGAACAGCAGGAAGAGUGAAGAAGCUCCAGCCACAUGUUAUUCCUGCUGUUGUUUACUCUGUGUAACAUCUGCUAAUGAAUGUCAGCAGUGUGUUUAUCUACUCUAAAAUAAAUGCAUUUAAUUUUA